CUGCGAUAUUUACAACUGACAGAAACUUCACGCAAAGGCAAUUCUAGAUACAAUUUCAUUAGGGGCGGGUCAUCUGGUCUCUAACUUUCUCUCUACACCACCAAUUUGCUUUCUUGGAGGAGGAGCGCUCAGCAUGGCUGCAUUAUUUGCCCUAGGCUCCAAUGGUUCAGGCCAGCUAGGGAUAGGACACAAGGAGGACGUGUCCGUCCCGAAACAAGUGCUCUUCCACCAAGAUGCCAUUCCAAGCGCAGUACGUAGCGUUGCCGCGGGAGGUAACCACACGCUGCUCCUCAGCGACUCCGGAGACCUCUACUGGAGCGGCGACGCGGCCUCGGGCGCCUGCGGGAAGGUCACGGCCGGUUCCGGCCCGGCCGAUCCGCAAUUCCGCAGGGUGGACCUUGCCGCCGCCGAGCCGUUCAGGGUCGGCCUGGUCGCCGCGACCUGGGAGGCCUCCGUCAUCACGAGGCUUGACGAGGAAGGGCGGAACACGAGGGUCUACAGCUGCGGCGUCGGGCUCAAGGGGGAGCUGGGCCAGGGCGAGCUGAUCGUCCGCACGCCGUCCCCGGCACUAGUUCUGGACUUCCCGCCUGCGGGUACCGAGGUCGUUGAUCUCGCGGCCUGCAUGGGCCAUGUUGUGGCGGUCUUGAGCAACGGCGACGUGUACGGGUGGGGAAACGGUCGGAAGGGGCAGCUCGGUGCUCCUGAGGCGGUGGUGCAUGCCCCCAGGAGGAUUGACGGUGUCGGGUUUAGUGUGUUCAGGGCAGUCUGCGGUCGGGAGUUCACCUUGCUUCUCGGCGAUCUCGACAGCGGAAGGGUCGUCGUCCUGGGGUCGGAUAAAUGGGGGAUCAAGUCAUCAGUCCCAGCAACCACUGACAGAUGGAAAGAUGUCGGGGCGAGUUGGGGCAAUGUCUACGCGCUGAAAAAGGAUGGAACUCUUGUAAGUUGGGGUCGCAAUGAUCAUGGCCAAAUGACUCCUCCGAGUCUACCCCCUGUAUCACAGAUCGCCAUCGGCAGCGAGCAUGUUCUAGCUCUAGACGAGGAGGGCAAUGUUCUGACUUGGGGCUGGGGCGAGCACGGGAAUUGCGGGCCUAAGAUUGAAAAUGGUGAUGUCAAGGGGCGGUGGAAUGUCAUUGCCUCGCCCAAAAAUAUGCCGCCAGGGACUAUAAUCACAAGCAUCGGUGCUGGCUGCGCCACAAGCUGGAUCGCCAUCAACAUACCCAGCUAGACGUUCACCUCAUCUAUCAUGAUACCUGGAGAUUCCGAUGGUGACGACAGGGUAUCCCAACAAAAAAAAAAAAAAUUUAUCAGAGCCAAAGCAAAUCAACGUUCCAAGCGCCAUUCAAGGAGAAAAUAGAC